UAGCCCCCCACCGCUUCUUCUUCCUCGCCCCCCUCCCCUCCCCUCCCCUCCCCCCCUUGCGCCCAACUAGUAGUACUGGAGACCCUCUCUCCUCUCCACCCGUCCCUCUCUCUCUCCCUCCCUCUUCCGGCCCGGCCCGGAAAAGGGAACCUGGGCGCCUUUCCCUUUCGGGAAACUCCCUCCCUCCCUUCCCCUCCCGCGGCGGCGGCGGCGGCGGCGUCUCUAAUCCCGCGGUAGCCCGCGCGGGGCCGUGGGCCUGCCUCUCGGGCGGGAUUUCUGGCGCUGAGGUGGCCGCCCGGCGCGACUCGAGCUUGUGCUUGUGCCCGCCGACUCCAACUCGCGGCCACAGAAUCGUGAGCCGGAGGCAGAGGCGGAUGCUGCGGUGGGCCGUGAUCUUAUUACCCCAAGCGAGUGGCUAGGUCUCGGGUGCUGAUGGAAGGUGCCAGGGCGGCGGAGGUGGCCGGCGGCGGCGGGGCCGGGGAUGUGCAGAUUAAGGGCGCCAAGGAGAGCGGCCAGGCCGCGCAGCAGCAGCAGCUGCUGCCGACGGGCAGCGAGCCGGUCGAGAUGCCCGCCACGCCGCUGCCGCACGCCCGCGAAAUCGAGUGGUCCGAGCAUUUCUCCUUCUUCAACUCCAUGGGCACCGGCACCGGCACGGACGGCGUGAUGGGGCCGGCCAGCGUCGGGAUGUCGCGCUCCGAGUCGUCCAGGCCGGACAGCGUCACCCAGCAGCAGCGCUGCCUGGCGGGCAGCAACGCCGACGAGAGGGUGGAGGAGCUCACCGUCAGGAACUGCAUCAGCUCUGAGGCUCACCAGCCUGCUGCCUCUGCCGGUGGGAGCACUGGCGGCACGGGGGAGAGGCCCGCCGUUAUGAGGGGCCUCUGGGGUAACUUCACACGGAUGGCGUGGAGGACCGCCGAUGCCGCUAGCAGGGAAGCCUUGGCGGUCAGCCUUGGCAACGCCAUGGGGUCUCACAACAUUGAUGCUUCUGGCAAGGGAAUGCCAUUUGACCGCGGCGAAAAUGGUAAUACCGAGUUCAAUAUGUCAUUUGGUAAUCAGCAGCAGCUGCAGCAUAUCUUGUCUUCACGGCUGAAUCAGAGCGAGCAGCAUGUCUUGUCUUCAUGGCAGAAUCAGAGCGAGCAGCAUGUCUUGUCUUCACGGCAGAAUCAGAGCGAGCAACAUGUCCUGUCUUCACUGCCGAAUCAGAGCGAGCAUAAUGUCCUGUCUUCACGGCCGAAUCAGAGCGAGCAGCAUCUCCCGUCUUCACGGCAGAAUCAGAGCGAGCAGCAUAUCAUGUCUUCAUGGCCGAAUCAAAGUGACGGCUGAAUCACAGUGAGCAGAAUAUCCCGUCUUCACGGCCGAAUCAGAGUGAGCUGCAUAUCCCGUCUUCACGGCCGAAUCAGAGCGAGCAGCAUAUCCCGUCUUCACGGACGAAACAGAGCGAGCAGCAUGUCCUGUCUUCACGGCCGAAUCAAAGCGAGCAGCAUGUCCUGUCUUCACGGCCGAAUCAAAGCGAGCAGCAUAUCCUGUCUUCACGGCCGAAUCAAAAUGAACAGCGGUCUGAAAGGGAUAAUGGUCUGAAAGUGAGUAGCUUCUCAAAUAGAAUUAUUGACCAGAUGAGGAGUAAGACUUUGACACCUUCAUCUGGGCUUCAGGGUUCCCCCUUUAAGCCUGUAUUGAAGGGUAAAAGGGUUACCUACCAAGGUCCACACGAGGAGAUCCAAGUUCAAGCUAAUGCAAGACCCAGAGCCCCUAUGGAUAAGAUCCCUAAGAUUCCUAGCUCAACACAUGAUUCUGUGGCCAGAUUGGAUGGUACACUUUUCAGCAGUGGUGGAAAUGUUUCCGAAUCUCAGUAUGAGGGAACAAGCCUGAGGGAACUAAUUAAGCCCGCGCGCCAAGCGAUGAGCAAGUUUGAGAAAAUGCAGUUGUUUAAGCAGAUCCUUGAUCAUGUAGACAAAUCCCAUGCACAGGGUGUAACCUUACAGCAUUUGCGCCCGUCGUAUUUUAUAAUAUCAUCCCCAAACCAAGUAAGAUAUACCGGUUCUUACACUAAACAAGAUUUAUCAACCCCAGCCAAACCGGAUAUGGCCGCAGAUGAUGUUUUUAACAGAAAACGAUGCUUCGAUCAGAAAACUUUGCACCAAGAGUGUAAUGGCAAUGGACAUUCAAUCCUGAAGUAUCAGAAGGUUGGUGAACAAGGUUCUGUUGCCGUCAGGCGACCGAUACAUCCCUUCCGGACUGACCACAAAGGGGCCAACCAAAGUGAAGGUGCUGAUCUAGGUGCUUUAGGACAGGGAAAUUCUAGUUGCACCGUCGGAGGUCGUUCUAAGUAUGGCGAACCUUACUAUGGUGGUAAUGCAUCUUAUGGCCAACGUUUUCCUAAUUAUGGCAACCAAGAAUCAGUACUUGAAUUGAGGAUGCUAGAAGAUAGCUGGUACAGAAGCCCGGAAGAGCUCAAUCAAUUGAAAGGCACAUCCCCAUCCAACAUCUACAGCCUUGGGGUUCUUUUAUUUGAGCUCUUUUGCUGUUGUGAAACAUGGGAGCUGCAUUGUGCUGCAAUGUCAGAUCUUCGCCACCGGAUCCUGCCUCCAAUUUUUCUUUCAGAAAGUCCCAAGGAGGCUGGCUUCUGCCUUUGGCUAUUGCAUCCUGAUCCUUUUUCUCGACCAAAAGCAAGAGACAUUCUAGGAUGUGACUUGAUAAAUGAGGGUCGGGAUUUAUCGGUGUUAGAUAAGGCACCAGCUGCUAUCAAUGAGGAGGACACAGAGUCUGGUUUGUUACUGAAUUUUCUGUCUCAACUGAAAGAAGAAAAGGAGAUGCAUGCUGCCAAGUUAUCAGCAGAUCUUGCAAGCUUGCAGACUGAUAUUGUAGAGGCUGAGAGAAGACACUCGUUUAGGAUGGGGUUCAGUUUAGGGGACAUGGAUGUACCAGCAAGUUCUAAUGAUGUGCCAGGUACUUCAUCAAAUGCCCUGAGAGGGGCAUCGUUGUCAGGUUUGCUAACACCACCAGGCAGGUCAGGCAUAUACGAGGAGAGGGUGAUGAAGAAUUUGCAGCAGCUUGAAAAAGCAUAUUACUCCACGAGGUCCACCAUUGACACAUCUGAGACUAAUGUAAUUAAGCGUUCCGAUAAUGAUGCUUUGAGGGUCCGUGAAAACUUUAACCACAGGGAUGCCGAUGCUAUGAAUGGGCCAACAGACCCCCUUGGAUGCUUUUUUGAUGGUCUAUGCAAAUAUGCCCGGCAUAGUAGGUUUGAAGUACGAGGGAUUUUGAAGAAUGCUGAUAUACUUAACUCUCCAAAUGUGAUCUGUUCUUUAAGUUUUGACCGUGAUGAAGAAUAUUUUGCUGCUGCUGGGGUUUCAAAGAAAAUUAAAAUAUUCGAAUUCGAUGCUCUUUUAAAUGAUCGUGUUGAUAUUCAUUAUCCUAUAGUAGAGAUGCCUAGCAAGUCCAAGCUUAGUUGUGUCUGUUGGAACAACUAUAUAAAGAACUACUUGGCAUCAACAGACUAUGAUGGCACUGUUCAGCUAUGGGAUGCAAGCACUGGCCAAGGAUUCACACAGUUUACAGAGCAUCGGAAAAGAGCUUGGUCUGUGAGUUUCUCAGAGGUGGAUCCAACUAAAUUGGCAAGUGGGAGUGACGAUUGUUGUGUGAAAGUUUGGAAUAUUAACCAGAAAAAUAGCGUGGACACAAUCAGAAAUGUGGCCAACGUAUGCUGUGUACAGUUCUCGCCAUACUCCUCUCGUAUGUUAGCCUUUGGCUCAGCUGAUUACAAGACAUACUGUUAUGAUCUGAGGCAUACAAGGAUCCCCUGGUGUACCAUUUCUGGACACGGGAAAGCUGUCAGCUAUGUAAGAUUCUUGGAUGCAGAAACGCUUAUAUCUGCCUCAACUGACAAUACCUUGAAGAUAUGGGAUCUCAACCGGACUAAUCCUAAUGGAUUAUCUACUAAUGCUUGCAGUCUGACUUUGAGUGGUCAUACCAAUGAGAAGAAUUUUGUAGGCUUAUCCGUUCACGAUGGAUACAUAACGUGCGGUUCUGAAAACAAUGAAGUAUAUUCUUACUAUAAAAGCUUUCCCAUGCCAAUAACUUCUCACAAGUUUGGUUCAAUUGAUCCAAUAACCGGACAAGAGACCAAUGAUGAUAAUCAGCAGUUUGUGUCGAGCGUUUGCUGGAGAGGAAGGUCGAAUAUGGUGGUGGCCGCCAACUCUAGUGGAAGCAUCAAAGUCCUUGAGCUUGUUUGAAUGAUCUGUUGAGCAAGUUACAGGAUGAGAAUAUCUGAAUGUCCGUGAUUGCCAUGUUUCUUUGGUGACCAUAUGUUUGCUCAAGCGUUCUUCCUUGCCAACAAACAACUAUGCAUCAACACAUAUCGAGGCCGGGCAACAAAGCGGUGGAAACACACUUGUGCACUUCAAGCAACAUACAACCCUGGCCGUUGAUGUUUGCUUGAAACUCCCAAUGAAGUGUGCAACUGGAGGGAGUGAAAGGCCUCGGCUACUCUGAAAGGUAAACUUUGUAAGGCGCUUUGACAUAGUACUAGUCAGCAUUUCAGCGAGGGCCUAGGGCUAGGUUUCUGUACAGAUUUAUGGGCUUCGAGGGCCGUGUAUUUACUUUUGAGCUAGAGCCUUACAUGCUAUGUUCGCCCGAUCCGCAUCUCACGGGAAUCGACGCAGUUUUGAUGUGCAACGACUAACAGUCUAGUAUGACGGUCAAAGCAAAACUGCGGAAGGUGACAUCGUUGUUUGAAGGAGUUAAUCACGCAUCCUGAUCUGUGCGAGUGAUGCAACGAGGGUUUGUCUAUGCCUAUUAUUUUUUGUAGUCCCCUUAUUUGAAUGAAUAGAGUAAUAUAUAUGAAUAUAUAUGAUUACUGUAUAUAACAAUA